AGUCUUGUGAAACCAUGCAUGCUUGUGUGUUCUGCACAUGAGCUUCAGCUGAUGCAAAGCAACCACAAGCAACAUAAGACAUACAUAUUCCUGCACGUAGAAGAAGUUGGAGUCUAAGUUGGGCUUGUUUUGGAGCCACACAUCUCCAACACUUGGCCACUGUUCCCCCGCUCCCUGGCAAUGAUUGGCCAACGACCAGCGUCCAACCGGCAUUUUCCUUUUUGAGGACCACUGGCAGACAUGAGGACCACUGUGGUUACUGUCGUCAUGGUGAUGUGCGGGAUGAUGGCACACGCUGACGUGAAGCCGCAGAAGGAUUUCAACUUGCAGAGGUUUGCAGGGAGGUGGUACCGGGUGGGUCUAGCCUACGACUCUCCCAGAUUCGUCGCCUUCAGAGACAAACUGAGGGCCUCCAUGGGCAUGAUCACGCAUCUGCCCAACGGUAACGUCAACCUCACAAUGUGGGAUGCCACACCUGUAGGCUGUAUCAGUAGAGUGUACAAAUAUGAGAAGACCAACACACCUGGACUGUUCACCUACUUCAGCACACGCCACAACAUGAUGAAAGACAUCACAGUGGUGGACACAAACUACACUGACUAUGCUCUGGUUCUCAAACACAAAGUCUUUAACAGAGAGUACACACAGGUGGCGCUCUAUGGUCGCUCUCAGACUGUCAGAAAUAGUGUCAUUCAGAAGUUUAAAGCCUUUGCCUUGGGCAGAGGUUUCCCUGCAGCGUCUAUUCUGACUCCUCCUCCUGCAGAAAAUUGCCCUCCAUCAGGAUCUGGAUGAGCAGUUCUCACGUGUACCUGGGGUAAAGGUGGAAGUGAACCCUGAUGUGGUGCUGCAGCUGUGUACUCUCCUGUCUACUAUUUUAUGGGUGUUUGCUGUGAAGUUCUAAAUAAAAACUCACAAGCACUUCAUCACUGUGGCUACAAAGAUCAUACAUUGCAAAUAUUGCAGAUGAAAUGAAUGCAUAAUCAUCUUUUCUGUGGUGCUUUACAUUAUUUUCACUUUGUUUUCCUAAACACCAAACAAUAAAGACCUUUCACUGUG